AGCCAGGUAUAGCAAGGUGCGCACGUCGAACGUCAACCUUAUUUAAGGAAAAGAGUUUCAAGAUUAACGAUGGCACCUUUGGAUCUGAUAGAAGGAUGUAAGCUAGCGGCUGUUUUUUCCACGGGAUACAUGGCUGGAGCUGGAAUUUACGUUUCUCUGGUGGAAGUUCAAAGCAGACGAUCGUUGCCAGCCAAAGCAUUGUGGCAGCAGUUUACAAGAAGUUUUAAAAUGGCGGCCAAAUCAAUGUUGGCUUCCACUCUUGUUACUGCUUCCGCCCCCACCUACCUCUAUUUCGCCCUUGAGGAGUCGCCGUCUAGGAAUUUAUGGUUGGUGUCCCCUGCCUGUUUCCUCAUUGGAUCAAUCUAUACCUUUACUAUUAUCAUUCCAGAGGUCAACGUUAUUUUAGACGAGAAAGUUAUAGAGAAAAAAGGUGAAAAAUGGCUGGAAGACGCGGUAGAGCGUUGGAAUAGCAGACAUCUCUUUAGAACUGUUCUGAACGCGGUCAAUUUUGGCUGCAUGAUUCUAGCUGCGAUUCGAUCAUAGUAAAGAACUGUUUCUGACUAUAACUAAACUGCAUUGGUCAAUUUUUAUGCUUUGUGACUCCUACCUCUCAAUUUUUCUCUAUGCAUUUUUUUUCAUAUGCACUAGUAUUCUUUUAGUACUUAUUUGGAACACGCUGAAACAUGUUUAGUGAAGCCCUUUGCACAAUUUUUUUUCUUUUUUUGAAUGUGAUUUAGUACAGUUUUAUUGUUCUUUUUCGAAUAAACAUGAUAUUUUGACA